AUGCAAAUUUUCUCCGGCGAUCUCUGCAAGUCGGACUUUGGUCGGGAUUAUGGCCGAGGGUCGGAGGACUACAAGGCCACAUUGCUGCGGCUGUCUACAACAGGAUAUCAUCGGAUUCAGACCCGGAUGACCUCGGUCAUUGUACACAGACGCACGCUCUAUGAGUACUACUAUGAAGCACUGCUUACUCUUAGUGCUUACUCUUAG